UUUUAAUCUGUUCCUCGACGAUCCCGGGCUUGAGUGAGUCAUGGAUUCGCAGGAAUGGAUUAUUUUCAUACUCCUGAGUUUACAUCUUUGUUCCGCCACCAUAGCCGCCGACAACAUAGAUCCCAAUUACGAAUGGCACCAGUGCGGAACGAGUGGGAACUACACUCCAAACAGCACAUACGACAACAACCUCAACACACUUCUGUCGUCCCUCUCAAACAACGUAAACCAAUACGGAUUCUACAACGGUUCCGUUGGGCAAGACUCGGAGAGGGCUAGCGCCGCCGUGCUAUGCAGAGGGGACGUUGAACUGAGCGUAUGUCGUAGCUGUGUUAGCGACAAUGCUGUGAGGAUUAAACAGUGGUGUCCUAAUCAGAAGGAGGCAUUCCGGUGGUACAACAUCUGCAGUAUAUAUUACUCCCAUGAAUCCAUCAUAGGUUCUUUGCGAACCACUCCUGAAAUCGAACAACAUAGUAUCACCCCUGUUCAGAAUCCUGGUCAGUUUAAUCAGGAUUUGACAAGCCUGGUAGACAGACUAAGAAGACAAGCCGUGAAUGGCGGUCCGUUCCUCAAGUACGCGGCUAAUAGUACGGCGGGACCGGACUCCCAGACCAUAUAUGCGUAUGUGCAGUGCACCCCUGAUUUGUCUGUUCGCGAUUGCGAAAAUUGCCUGAAGAGUGCUUUCGCUCUAUGGAAUAAAUCGAAGGGUAAUGGGAUGAUAGGGGCAAGAGUUCUGCGUCCCAGCUGCUUUUUUCGCUAUGAGAUUAGCCCCUUCUUCGGUGCCUCGCUCAUUAACGGAUCUCAUUCAACACCUCAACCACUUCCACCACCACUAGCUUCGCCUUCACCUGCUUCUUCUCCUCCUCCGCCACCGCAGUCAGGGAAGGAUGGUAAUAAAACAGUCAUCAUUAUUGUAAUUGUAGUUGCCAUUGCUGCGGGUCUCAUCGGGGUUGCUAUUUGCAUUUUUGUCAUCUUAAGAAAAAGGCAAACAAGGAAGGCCAAUAGCUUUGUAAAGAGUCCAGAAGAAACUAGCUCUACUGUUGAAAUUAGUACUGUGGAGUCCCUGAAGUAUGAUUUGAUUACCAUACAAAAUGCCACAGAUAACUUCUCUGAAGCAAACAAGUUAGGAGAAGGAGGUUUUGGACCUGUAUACAAGGGUAAACUUGAAAACGGGCUAGAAAUUGCGGUGAAGAGGUUAUCCGAAAAUUCAAGGCAAGGUAAUUUAGAAUUUAAAAAUGAGGUGGCUUUAAUGGCUAGGCUUCAGCACAGGAAUUUGGUAAGGCUACUUGGUUACUGCCAGGAAGGAAGAGAAAUGAUUCUCAUCUAUGAAUUUGUCCCCAACGGUGGCCUUGACCACAUUUUAUUUGAUCCUAUAAAAUAUGGAUAUUUGGAUUGGGGGAGGCGCUACAAAAUCAUAGAAAGCAUUGGCAGAGGGCUUGUUUAUCUACAUGAAGACUCUCGUCUUCGUAUUAUUCAUCGCGAUCUCAAAGCAAGUAACAUUCUACUAGAUGAAGAUUUGAAUCCAAAAAUUGCAGAUUUUGGCAUGGCUAGGUUGUUUACUUUAGAUGAAACUCAAGGUUCUACAAGCAGAAUCGUUGGAACAUAUGGAUAUAUGGCACCAGAGUAUGCAUGGCAAGGUUUAUUUUCUAUUAGAUCAGAUGUAUAUAGUUUUGGAGUGUUAGUCCUGGAAAUUAUAAGCGGACAAAAGAAUACCAGUUUUCAAAACGGAGAAUCUAUGAAAGACCUUCUAAGCUAUGCUUGGACACAUUGGAAAGGUGGGUCUGCUUCAAAUGUUAUGGAUCCAAUGCUGAGGGGUACAUCUAGUCCAGUGCAUGAGAUAACAAAAUGCAUUCACAUUGCCUUGUUGUGUGUUCAAGAAAAUGUUACAGAUAGACCAACAAUGACUGAAGUUCUUCAAAUGUUAAGUAACUUAACUAUGAGCCUUCGAGUACCCUCAGCCCCUGGAUUUUUUAUCCAUAGCAGCGUUAGUUCAGAGGUGUCGAAUCAGUCUACCAAAAAUGAGAUGUCAAUAAGUGAGCAGUUUCCCAGAUAGCAUCCGAAGUGAUACCAAAAUGAUCAAUUCAAGCACAUCAUGUGGUUGCUCAUUGCUUUUGCUUUUAGUUCUGUAUUGUUUUUGUAAUAUUGAUAAUAUUUGUCUGAGAGUUUGUUCUUCAUACUAUUGUCCAUCUUGCUGCUAAUAUUUUGUAGAGUUUUUAUUGUUUGGAAUGUUCAUUGGCUGCUCUGUUUAAUCUGCAUAUGGUUUUGGUGUUUA